UUCUUCCAAUUCCAUGUUCUUUUGCUGAAUCUUGAAACGAUGGCGCGCCAUGCCACCCGUUCCGGCUCCCUUCUCUUCUUCUCGGCCAUGUUCGUGCUCAUCGCUUCACCUGCAUGGCUCAGUGGUGGCCAUCCUGGCGACGGCCGUCUCGACGGCCGUUUGGGCCGUCGUGGUCUUCUGGGAGCGUGCGUCAUGGGAUUGGAUCAACUUCCAGCAGCGGCUGAUGUGAUUCGACUGCAGCAGGCACCGUUGCCCCAAGCAUACCGAGACUCUGUGGUGCCGACGGCGCAAGCACUCAAAGAAGCAUUGGAAGCUGAAGAAAGCGUCGGCGAUGCAUUCAUCGGUGAGGAAGCAGAAAAGACCUUGAGUGCCCUUGAGCAGAAGGCUGGCCAGCUAGUCCAGAGGUAUGGCGAGACAUAUAUCGCAGAAAGGGGUUUGCCUGCGGACGCUCCACUCAGAAGCAAUCAGGUCUACUUUCUCAUGGAGGAUGCAAUUGGUAUUUUUGAGGUGGCUGUGCAGUCUGAUCAACUGCCGAAAGCUAGACAGAAGUUGAUUGCCAAACUGCAGGAGGUAUUGGAUUUGGCAGCGAAGGUUGGCAUUGAGGAAUCCUAAUAUUAUAUAAUAAUGUUCGAUGAAUCGGUUAUUUGGAAAACAAA